AUGUCCGGUAACCCAUACGGUCCUAAUCCGCACGACUUCUUGUCUAACGUCAGAAACUUCGAGGUGAUUGAGUCUACCUUGAGAGAAGGUGAGCAAUUUGCUAAUGCUUUCUUCACUACCGAGAAGAAGAUCGAGAUUGCCAGAGCUUUGGACGAUUUCGGUGUUGACUACAUCGAAUUGACCUCUCCUGUGGCUUCCGAACAGUCCAGAAAGGACUGUGAGGCCAUCUGUAAGUUGGGUUUGAAGGCCAAGAUCUUGACCCAUAUCAGAUGUCACAUGGACGACGCCAGAGUUGCUGUUGAGACUGGUGUUGACGGUGUCGAUGUGGUGAUUGGAACCUCUCAGUUUUUGAGAAAGUACUCUCAUGGUAAGGAUAUGAACUACAUUGCUCAGUCCGCCAUUGAGGUGAUUGAGUUUGUCAAGUCCAAGGGCAUUGAAAUCCGUUUCUCGUCGGAGGACUCCUUCAGAUCCGACAUUGUGGACUUGUUGAACAUUUACAAGACCGUUGACAAGAUCGGUGUUAACAGAGUCGGUAUUGCUGACACUGUUGGUUGCGCAAACCCAAGACAGGUUUACGACUUGGUUAAGACAUUGAGAUCGGUGGUUUCAUGUGACAUUGAGUGUCACUUCCACAAUGAUACUGGAUGUGCCAUUGCCAACGCCUACACCGCCUUGGAGGCUGGUGCCAAGUUGAUCGAUGUCUCUGUGUUGGGUAUUGGUGAGAGAAACGGUAUCACUCCAUUGGGAGCAUUGAUGGCCAGAAUGAUCACCGCUGACAGAGACUACGUGUUGUCUAAGUACAAGUUGCACAAGUUGAGAGACUUGGAGAACUUGGUUGCUGAUGCUGUCCAGGUUAACAUUCCUUUCAACAACCCAAUCACUGGAUUCUGUGCUUUCACUCACAAGGCCGGUAUCCACGCCAAGGCUAUUUUGGCCAACCCAUCCACCUAUGAGAUCUUGAACCCAUCGGACUUUGGUUUGACCAGAUACAUCCACUUUGCCAACAGAUUGACUGGGUGGAACGCCAUCAAGUCCAGAGUUGACCAAUUGAACUUGCACUUGACUGAUGCGCAGUGUAAGGAGGUCACCAACAAGAUCAAGAUGUUGGGAGACGUUAGAUCGUUGAACAUCGACGAUGUGGACUCCAUCAUCAAGGAUUACCAUGCUGAAGUGAGCACUCCUAGAUUGGCACCCAGCAACGGAGACUCUGUUGUUCCAGAUGCUGUUGAGGUAUCUGAGAGUGCCGAGGAGCCAGCUGCUAAGAAACAAAAAUCCGAAUAG